CGGCGCACCGCGACGCUCGCCGUCACCGCCGCCGAAGAAGCGGCGUCGCUCACUUGUAGCAUCGCAUCGAGCGCAGCACGAUUCGCUGCCGUCACGUGCAUUCGCGGCCGUAAGACACCGCUCACUGAUACACUACUCUCUACUACUAGCGUAAUUCAGGUUUUACCGCACGUGUGAGAUUUUUUGUUUUUGUUUUUUUAUUGGUGGUGGCAGUUUUUUGAUAUGUGACUCUUAUGGAAAAGGUUGUUUUAUGAAAUUUGUUGACGACGACGUUGAAACCAAGAUGUGAAUAAACUUUCCCCCCUCCGCCAAAAUGGACUACGCAAUCAGUCACCACCUGUGGCGACCCCUAGCGGCGAUGAGCUUAGAAGAAAACCAAAAAAAUCUUGAACCAACACCAAUCAACUUUGCCGCCAAAAUCACCACCACCAUGUUGCCGACGUCGACUUCCGACGUUGCCACGUCCGACAGUAACGACAUCUGGUACCUGAAUUACAUGGAGAAUGGUAAUUUUAACGACAACAUCAAUGAGACCGAUUUGCUUUUUGGUGAGCGUAUUGUGAACGGUAUUGUUGCUGUGUCGAACUUUACCGCGUUUAAUGCGUCGUUAAAGGACAAUUUAGCGGGCGUUAACGGUACCCUAACGGAGCUGGACGAGACGAUCGAAAUGAUCACUAUGAUAAGUACCGCCAUCUUGCUGGGACUCAUCAUACUAGCAACAGUGAUAGGAAACGUGUUUGUGAUAGCAGCAAUCCUUCUGGAGCGUAACCUGCAAAACGUGGCCAACUACUUGAUUCUCUCACUUGCGGUGGCAGAUCUUCUAGUGGCAUGUUUGGUCAUGCCUUUGGGAGCCGUGUACGAAGUCAGUCAGGAGUGGCGACUGGGGCCAGAACUGUGCGAUAUGUGGACUUCAAGCGACGUCCUUUGUUGUACUGCUUCCAUCCUACAUCUAGUUGCUAUCGCUCUGGACAGAUACUGGGCAGUUACUAACAUAGACUACAUCCACCAGCGAACCUCCAAACGCAUUGGCCUCAUGAUCUUCAUCAUCUGGUUCGUAUCAUUCCUUGUCUGCAUAGCGCCGCUUCUGGGCUGGAAGGACCCGCAGUGGGACCAACGCAUACGCGAGAAAAAGUGCAUCGUGUCUCAGGACCUCUACUACCAGAUAUUUGCCACCGCGUCCUCCUUCUAUUUACCCCUGCUGGUGAUUUUGAUCCUGUACUGGAGGAUCUUCCAGACGGCGAGAAAGCGCAUUAGGCGAAGGCAGGCCAUGAACGCGGUCAAGCAGCUGCCGAAUCAGAAUCCGGCUGCCGGCGGUAUUGCAGGUGGGCUAGCGGCUGCUAGUGGCACAGGUAGCGGUAUAGCAGCAGCUGUAGUAACAGUGAUAGGCCGCCCUCUACCAACUAUUUCCGAAACAACAACAGCUUUUACGAAUGUAUCGUCAAACAAUUCGAGUCCUGAAAAGACUUCUUUUGCAAAUGGUCUUGAGGUGGAUAUGCCCACUACCACCGAUUGUAGUACAAGCUAUCAACCAGCACCUUAUCCUAUUAAGAGGAAGUCCAGGGAUGGCGUGGACUCCAAAAGGGAAAGGAAAGCUGCAAAGACUUUAGCUAUAAUCACAGGUGCUUUCGUGUUGUGUUGGCUUCCCUUCUUCAUAAUGGCCGUUAUUCUUCCAAUAAACGCGAACCUCUUUGAGAAAUACAUAGUGUCCAUAUUCCUGUGGCUGGGCUAUUUUAAUUCGACGCUUAAUCCAAUCAUCUACACGAUAUUUAGUCCGGAGUUCCGGCAUGCUUUCAAGAAGAUCCUGUGCGGACGGAAUUACGCCCGGAGGAACCGGCAUUUCGGGAUCAAACACUUUCAAUGAUGGCGGCAUGGUGAUCGCUUACCUUCGGAUCUGGAGCCCCCGGUAGCUGCACGACUUGCAGCCAGCGUGGCCGUGACGGCAGUGGCGUCGGGCCCCAGAAACGUCACGUUUAAAUGUGACUGAUCCGAAGAUAAGAGAUCACGUCACGUGGUUUCACCGAUGGAAUGCAGUAGCAGCAGCAAUAGCAGUGAUAACAGGAGGGUAGUGCUGGAAAUGCAAGAAAUUCAGUAAUCAAACACACGUCAAGAUUAUGGGUAUUUUAAAAAUAAUUUUAAAUUUAGAAAUAUUAUUUUUGUUACUAUAUCAUUUAUAGCAUAUCCCACUGUUUAUAUAGUGUGUUCACGGAUAUAUUAAGGAAUAAAAACAAUUUUUAUAUACAGAAUUGUUAGAAAAAAUGUCUGCUUAAUAUCUAGCUUAAGUUAUGAUUCUAAAAACAAUUUUUCCCAGGUUAAUCCGGGCUGUACAAAUUCAAGUGACCCUAGGGCCGCUGUAAAUUAAAUUGCGGUUGUGAGGACCGCAUCAUAAAAUACGUUUGAAACUUUAUUAGUAAUUUGUAAUAGGUUACAAAAAUGAUGUAUAAUUUUUUUUAUUUAAUUAAAAAAUAGGUAACAAUUAUACAAAAAAUUAAAUUAAAUUUAACCAGUUUAUCAAUAUUCACAUUAAUAUUUGUUGUUGACGGGGAAAUCGGUUUUUGAAUUCUUCUGCAAUUGUGUCAAUGUAUUUUAUUUAAGUUACAGAUUGGAAAAAAUUAAAAAUCAUGUUUUUCUUUGUAUUUUUCUAUAUUUUAUUUUUAUAUAUUUUUUACUAGGUCUAUGCAUACAGCCCUGAUUUAUAUUAUAAGAUAAAGAUUACUAAAACAAUAAAUAAAAAAGUUUUUUCUAUUACGAAGUUUAUUAGUGAACACAUAUAUAUUUAAUACAGGUUGUCCUACGAAAAACAAAAUUGUACUGUUAUGUGCCUUACGUUGUAUGCACAGGGUUUUAGUACAAAAACUAUAUUUUCACAAAAUUCUGGACCAUAAAAUUAUAUUAUUUUCAAAAUACUCAAUUCCUAAAGGACUGAAUAUCAUUGACCAUAUAGUUUUAUUUAUUAAAAUUAUAAUUGUUGUAUAUACAAGCACAUUCUUAUGAUUUUUAAAUGUUUGUAAAUAAAUAUAUCUAUAGAUUUUAUACCGAGAAUUAUAUUAAUAAAUGUAAUUUAAAGGCUUUGACCAAGUUAUGUUAAAAUAAAAUAAACGCAAAUCAAAUGUUCUAUAUUAUUCUAAAAAAUGUAAAUAUGUAAUUAAAAUAUAAAUGUGCAUUCUAUAUUAAAUAUAUAAUGUAUAUUAAAAUAAGGCAAAUAAUAUAUUAGUUAAUAAUGCAAUAAUGUUAAAUAAAUAUGUUAAAGUCUAUCCUAAUGUUAAUUAUAAUUAGUGAAAUAUUUGUGAUGUACAAUCAUAACAGGGAAAACGUGAGCCAAAAUGUAUAAUAUUAAGUUUUUUUUGCAGUUAUUUGCAUUGUUCUAAAAAUAUCAUAAAAUAA